AGCGUUUCCGUUCCUUUUUUACAUUUGACAGAGUUACAUGCCAUGAUUUUUAUUCGAAAUAAUUUAAAAAGUAACUCAUGCAAACUAUGUUUACAUAUAUUUUAUUUGUAACUCUUCUCUGUCUGUGUACGGCAGAUGAUAACCAAUUAAAAGUGUUUGAAAAAUUAAGUGAACUAAAUGAAAAAUGGUUACUAGCAAAUUUUGUGCCAGAGACAGCUGCAUUGUUGAGAUAUCCACCAUACAGUUACUAUACAAACGGUUUAUCCACAAAUGUGACCAUUUCUGAUUUGUUGACGAAAAGUGAAUAUGGUAGCGCCACUACUUCAGAUGAAAACAAUAAAAGAUGCAGUGAUGAUUUAGUUCAAAUUUUAUAUCAUUUGGAUUCUGCAUGGGCUCUUCAGAUGCUGGAUUCAGAUGGAAAGCCUGACAGUGGUAUUAUGCGUGGUGGACUGAUAUGGCCUGGUCAUUUUGAUGAAUGUAACUCUGUAUUUGCUCCUGAAGACGAUGAAGGACAUGGUGGAUUUCAUGGGAAAUAUUGUGUUACUACUUGGACCUUGAAUUUAGGUGGAAAGUAUUCCAAACUGCCAUUACAAGUUGGAAUCUGUGUUCCUGAUUCCUGUUCAGAAGCUGGACUCAAACACGCCGGUAAAAAUGUCAUCCGUCUUUUGGAGCGCCUACCGAUGUUGAAAAAUCAUACCUCAGUUUUAACCUUAAAAGAUGUCACUUGUAAAUUGAAAGAGAAACAUUUUGAUAUUGGGAGCACAAUAUAUGUGGUUUUUGUGUCUUGUUUCGUACUUUUGGUUUUGUUAGGAAGCGCUGUGACAAUAAAGAAUAAUUGGAGAAGACGGCAGUUUCGCAGCAUAUCUUAUUCAGAACAAAAAAAUGUCCAGGAUUCUGAAGUGUCUGAAGCAGCAGCAAUUAAUUGCACGCCUAAAACCUACGAGGUUUACGGUGCUUUAUUGGUACAAAAUCCAGAAGUGGGAGUGACAUCAUCUGGAACUCAAAAGAAUACUGAUCAAUCUAUUGCAAAAAGGAUCUUACUUUGUUUUUCUGCUGUUGAAAAUGGUGAAAAAAUUCUAAGCACAAAUAUUUCAGAGGGUCAACUCCUAAGUGUUCAUGGAAUUCGAUUUCUGAGUUUGACGUGGGUUAUACUUGGACAUACGUAUAUUUCUUCAAUGAAUAUGAUUGGAAAUAGAAUUGAUGUAUUAAAAGAUCUUGAUACUGUUCCUUUCCAAGUACUUUUGCAAGCACCUUUUUCUGUUGAUUCAUUCUUUUUGUUGAGUGGUUUCCUGUUGGCAUAUUUGUUUUUGAAAGAAGCUGAUCGGAAGAAUGGAAAAAUAAGUUGGCUGUACUUUUAUGUCCACAGAUUUUGGAGAUUAACUCCAGCAUAUAUGGUUGUUGUUUUUUUCUAUAUAUUCGUUUUUAAGUAUAUGGGCUCUGGGCCAUUUUGGGAAGAUGAUCAUUGUGAUGCAUAUCAUGGCUCUUGGUGGAAAUACUUACUGUACAUCAAUAAUUUUAUUCCUAUCCAUCAAAUGUGUAUUGGAUGGUCAUGGUAUCUUGCUAAUGAUAUGCAGUUUUAUUUCAUAAGUCCUCUCUUUUUAUAUCCUUUGUGGAGAUGGCCUCGUAUUGGGUUUGGAAUACUUGCACCAAUUCUUCUUGGGACAUGGAUUACCACUGGAGUUUUGAGCUAUAAAUAUGAUCUUAUUCCUAUGUUUGUUGGAGCAGUUAAUGCAAAAGAUUUGGAUGCUUAUGGGAAAAGAAUGUGGGACUCCUUUGAUCUUAUCUAUGAUAAGCCCUACUGCCGAAUUGCUCCUUAUAUAAUUGGAGUGAUUUUGGGUUUCAUGCUGUAUAAAUUAAGUGAUAAGAAAAAUUUCAUGAAUUGGUGGCAACAAGCAUUAGGAUGGGCAUUAGCUGCAUUUUGCUCUCUAAGUGUCGUUUUUGGUUUAUAUCAUGUGGAAAUGAGUAGGACAACUUCAUUAUUCUACAAUGCAUUGUGCCGUUCUUCCUUCACUAUUGGAUUGGCAUGGGUUAUAUUUGUUUGUGAAACAGGUCAUGGAGGUUUUAUUACUAAAUUUCUGUCAUGGAAACUUUUCAUUCCAUUGAGCCGCCUUACUUAUUGUGCCUAUCUUGUCCACCCAAUUCUAAUUCAUGCUUAUUAUCAAGCAUAUCCUACAGCAUUGUAUUUUACUGAACUCUUGAUGGUAACGAAUUUUAUGGGUUUCUUGAUUAUGUCAUAUGGAAUCGCCUUUUUAUUUUCCUUAACAUUUGAGUCUCCUCUAAUGAAUUUAGAAAAACUCAUUGUAAAGCGAAAAUCAGGAUAAAGCUAUAUAUUAUUUGAAGACUCUGUAAUAAUUUGAAAUGAUGGUGCAUUGAAGCCUAUCAAUCUUUUAUAAAUUGUGAUAAAAGAGCCAUGCAACAAAUCUAAAUUAGUUCAAGUUAAGGUUUUUAAAUUUAGAUCAAAAUUUUUAUCUAACAUUUUCUCUAUGUUGACUGCACAGGAUUCAUUCAUUCAUAAGAUUCAUUUUUUUUAGAAAUAAUUUUUAAUUCCAUUCUUUUAAGUUGUACUUAUUGGUAUAUGAUUUAUCUGUUUGUUUAAACUGUAUAGUUGUUACACUAUUAUUGCUUACAUUAACUGCAUUGAAGUAUUUAAAGUUUUUCUAUUUAAAUUCAGUUUUAAAAGAAUUCAUGUUUAACAAAAUGAGUUUUGUUAUUUGGCAAAGAAAAUAUUUAAAGAUUUUAUCUUUUCUGCAUGACAUCCUUGGAUUAUUGUUUGUUAUAAGCUUACAUGUAAACUGUACAUUCUUUUUUAAAAAUUCGUUUUAUUGAAUUUUUAUGUUUGAAUUUUAAUGUUAUUUAAGACAGAUCUGAUUGUUGCUCAGUUUUGACGUGGUGCUUAAGGGCAAGUUGUUUUGAUAUUGAAUUUUUUAUCCUUUUCUGUAUGGCAAUUAUGAAGUGAGAAAGAUUGUAAUAAAGUGAGAAGAAAGAA